CGACAUUUCCGACUGAUAUUCAAAUAUUUGAGAAUCGCGAAGUCAAUUUGGACUUUUCUAAAUCCUCAUCCACCUACUUGAUUGAAGCUUCGAGUUCAACGUAUUUCUCCACAUUGAGGUUUUCUACCAUGACUUCCGUAGACAUAUCCGUCUAUAGCCCAGUCUUUGAGGAGGCGCGAGACAAGGUCGUUAUUCUCACUGGUGGUUCAACCGGCAUUGGAGCAGAAACGGUGCGGCUUCUAGCUGGACGUGGUGCCAGGGUGUCUUUCCUAGACACGAACAAGACCGCCGGCGAAAAGCUGGUGGCCGAGCUAGGAGGGAAUGUUCAAUUCUUCCACGGUUCGGUUCUCAGCUGGGACGACCAGCUCAACAUCUUCGAGAAAACAACCCAGAAGUAUGGCCGGGUAGACAUCGUCCUCGCAAAUGCCGGGAUUGGAGAGAGCACCGAGGACGUCUUUGUCGACACUUUUGACCAGCAGCAUAAGCUGGAAGCGCCCGCGCUCGUCGUUUUCGAUGUCAACAUUCGUGGCGCCAUCUACACGACCAAGCUGGCGCUGAGCUAUUUCCGACGCCUCAACAUCCAGGGUUCUCUUGUACUUACAGGCUCAGCGGCGUCUUACCUCGACACGCCCGGAAUCCCAGUCUACAACGCGGCCAAGCACGGCGUCAUUGGCCUCGUGCGCUCGCUGCGUGAUACCUUGAGCGCGGAGGGUUUGAUCCGAGCAAAUGUUGUUGCGCCGUGGUUUACGAAGACGCCGUUUACAACCAAGGUGAUAAAGAGAUGGGAAGAAAAUGGCCUGCCAGUUAAUGAGCCCAUAGACGUAGCACGGGCUAUUGCAUUCCUGGCACUGCAUUCCGGAUAUCAUGGCAAGUCGAUUUAUGUGGCUGAUGGCAAGUAUACCGAGCUUGAAGAUGGGGUUCAAGCAUCGAGAGAGAUCUGGCUGGGUAAACAGAACACGGCUUGGGAUGAUCAGAAGAAGGCUGCCAAGGUAAAUCUGGGGAAGCAGGAUGAAUGAGUCCAUCCUAUUUGGAAGUCUCGGAAUCUACAUCGAAUGAGGACUCGGGCAAUUUAGAGGUGUGUAGAGGCUUUUUCAUCCACAGACGCCGUUCAAAGUCCAAACCUGCCACGCAGUUAUUCCACACUUCCUUCUAACGCUUCCUUAACUACUUGAUUAAAUCUUCCAGGUUGCUGAAUAUGGACAAUAUGUCCCGCAUCCUUGAUAACCACCACUGAACUUCCCGUUUGCGCAGCAAGCGCCUUGGUUUCUUCCACGACGGAGACCGCAUCUUGAUCCCCAACAACAAACAGCACCUUUCCACCGCUUCCGGAGUCUCUGAUAACUCCCGCAUGAGGCCACAAGUUUAGCUUCCGCAGUGCGGCCACGCUGGCGAGGUAUCCCUCCAGCGGCUGAGCCCCAACCUUGGCCGUAAUAUCGGCGGCCAGCUCAGCAUGCGCCGCGCGCCACUCGUCAUUGAACCAUCGGGCCACGCUCUGCUUUGCUAGUUCUGCGACCCCUUUUUGUCUCGCGAGAGCAACUCGUUCAUCCCACACCUUGUCAUCCGCAGGUGUCGCGUGGGCACGGCUGCCAACGACGAGAAAGUGACGGAAGCGUUCUGGAUGUGUUGCGGCUAGGACGACGCCGAUGCCACCGCCAAUGCUCAGACCGAUGAAUGCUUCGGCUUGGUUGAUUCCGAGGUAGUCCAGUAGCUGGAUCACAUCCGCAGCGAGGUCAUCAAGGGUGUGGCCCGCCUCGUAAUCGAAGUCUUGUGUCGCAGAUAACGGGGAUUGACCAUGAAAGCGGGUGUCAUACCGAAUGAUGGUGUAGUCUUGGGAGAAGGUGUCGACGAAUUGGUCCCAGAGCCAGGUAGCGGCAGAGAGCGAGUUGGAAAGGACCAAGAUGGGUUUGUUUUGGGGCAGAGGAAGCCUUGUUGUAGCCUCGAAGAAGAUUUUAAUGGGCGGGUUCUCGGACACGACGAGGAAACCCGUGUCACCCGAAGAAGCCAUCCUUGUGGAUUACAAUGAUCAAAUGCAUGUGACGUUGUAUUUCCAAGAUACUUAUAGCCCCACCAUGCAAGUGCCUGGG